UGAACUGUUCGUAGAUCAGGCGAUCACACGUCGAUCUCUCGUUUCUCUCGGAAAGACAGAUAGGGUGAUCGCGCGGGAUAGGACUGAUCGCUGAAGAAACGAUAAAACAUGUCGAGGCUGCUGAAAGGAGAGCCGACAGGCGGUUGUGUGAUUGGCUCGUGCGCAGAUCGAGGAUCGUAUUAGCCCAACUGGCAGUGACGCAUGUCGUAAGCCACGUGAGAGAGUAACGGAGGAACGACACGCUGGACAUUACGCAGGAUCGGCACUUACGGGGAGAGAGAGAGUACCAGCGAGGAAAAUAAAGAGACAGAUAAACAGUUAAUAGAUAGAGAAAGAAAGGAUAGCUGCGGUAAAAGCUAUUCUGUGAGAGAAAGAGAGAGAAAGACGAGCUUCUUAUUGCCCACCGGAAGUCAUAUGCCCAUACACGCGCGUAAAACGCGUACAGCUUGCGAAGAAAUCGAAAUGGUAGAGUUGUGUGGUAGCGGCCAAACUUCUUCGGCCAUGGGAGUGAUGGGCAUCGGUUCAGUGGUGACCGCGGCGACAUCGUCAUCCUCUUCGUCGACUACCACGACUACAGGUGCCUCAUCUUCAGCGUCAGGACGUGCCGGCAUUCUCGAAACUCAAGUGCGCGGUCAGUGGUAUCGCGUAUUCGUUUCUUUGGAAGACGAUUAUCUCAGUAUUUCGCUCGAUGAGAGUUGUGAAACCGGUAACAACGCUUUGAACAACGGCAAUAUCAACAAUAACAAUGUGGACAGUUUGAACGAUCCGGAUGUGCCCGAUUCGGUAGCCAAUCAGAAGCGCAUUGUUCGUGUGGUUAAAAGUGACAACAAUGGCUUAGGAAUUUCGAUAAAGGGCGGCAAGGAGAACAAAAUGCCGAUCCUCAUCUCGAAGAUCUUUAAAGGCAUGGCAGCGGACGCUACUGAGCAACUUUACGUCGGCGAUGCCAUUUUGGCGGUAAACGGUGAAGAUCUACGAGAAGCCACACACGAUGAGGCGGUAAAGGCGUUGAAGCGAGCCGGCAAGAUCGUUGAACUAGAAGAGGCACUUUUCGCUUCAAUUUUAUACGGAAUAUCUAACGAGGAAUACUUUGGUUAUUUCACUUUUAUUGGUACUUUUGUUGGUAUAAUUACUAUUUGUAUUCAUAAAGCUCAUUAA